CAAGUGAGCACACCGCCUCCAGACUGACAUUCUCAGCUUUCUUGAUGUAGUCUACAUGGGCGCACUCGUCAAAGUGACGAAAAUGCCACAAAACAAUUCUGCUUCAGAAAAAGGAAAUCCCAUUAACCGAAAAAAAUGUUGUAGGGAACCCAAAGUAUAUCGCAAGUACGCAUGCCAAAAUUAACACUGGCAUGAAAGCAGUUUCAGAACCUCUUAGCGGCGACUCCUACAUACUGAACGUUUGUAAGAGCCGAAAGGCGGUUAUAGCUACUCGAGCGAUAGAGAGAGAGAGAGAGAGAGAAUCCAGAUUUUAGACGCAGAACAUUUGGAACAGCUUUCAGGAAGCCUUCGGCAGAGUACAAGGGCACAUCCGUUCAUUCCAAGAGAAAAGGAUGAUAGAGCUCCCGAGAAAAGUACGCGAUAGAACUACAAAACAGCACGAAAGUACAUGCGAUACUAAACGGUUUUCGAAUAGCCUUCGUCGUCUUACAUACGUUAAACGUAAUCACAUUUGCGGGACGUUACCUUGUGCGUCCUUUGAAGACUUUUACCAUACAGGAACGCGAACGUUAGGAAGACGCUACAAAACAGACCGCCGUGUGGUGCCUCGCGCCAUACACAUCCAAGCCAAGACAAUCCGUUAGCAAAUACUUCGCUGUUGCUAUGCCGACGAGUCUCGCUAGGCCUACGGGUGCCGGAAUUGCCGACCGAGCUCUGAAACUGGACGCGCUUCGAAACCUGGCGUUCCAGCUGAACCUCUCCAGCCUGGGUCAACGGCUGUUCGACAGUCUGGCCGCAAGGUGCUCCCGAUCGAGGAAUUGUCGUUCCAAGUCCGUGCGUCUCAGGCGAGAUCCUGAGCAGCGACCAGCGGUCCCACAAGCACAGGCAACCCAACAGCGUGCGCCUUCUGGACCUCGUGGUCAGCCAGGGCGUCGCACUGGUGAUCCUGGGCGUCAUCGCCUCGAUGUCUGCGUGGUUGUUCGCCGAGCGGGAGGUGAUCGGCACGCCUCCGCACAAGUGUCCCUCUUGCAAGGACGCCGAGGCGUACCUCGACGAGGUGUCCGAACCCCGGGUUUCCCCGUGCGACGACUUCUACGGUCACGUGUGCGGCCGCUGGAGCGACAGGGCGCCCUCGUUCGAAGCCGCGCUGCUGACCGGGGGACGGAGCGCCCUGCGGAACAGGCUGGCCUCCUACCCCAAGGGAUCCCACAAGCACUACACCACCUUCGAGAAGCUCGCCUCGUACUACCGCUCCUGCUACCAGGACAUGGAGAGUCGUCACGACAUGGCCUACUUCGUGGAGCGCUUCGCUUUGACCACCGGUCUCCGCUGGGACACCCUCGUGGCCAAGCACGGCAGCAGCGAGCUGGUCGACGUGCUGGUCGCCAUGAGCGCCCGCUUUGCCGUCUCGGUGCUCAUCAGGAUCGUCACGCUCGAGCUGAAGUACAGCUUCGUCGUGAGCGCUCUCGCGAACGACGAGCUCAUCGGCGCCUCCGAGAUGGGCGUCCUCCUCGGAAAGGUGAGGGCCCUCGCGAACCACUCCGUGGAGGGCUGGCCGGGCGACGUCGCCGAUCGUACGCAGGAGCUGCACCAGAAGGUGCUGGAGGCGUACCGAAACCGCGAGGACAACGAGUCCCGGAUCCUGGGGGACGCCGAGACCGUGCUGCCCGCCCUGGGGCUGGGCGACACCCGCAGCUGGCUGCAGGCGGUCAGCCGGCACACGCGCCUCAACGUCACCGAGGACUCCGCGGUGGCCCUCGACUCGCCCAAGCUUCUCGCGAGGGCGCUGCAGCUGUUCGCGCUCGCCGACGACCUGGCGCGAUCGGUCUACCUGUUCGCGCACGUCAUCCACGCCGUCGCGGCCGUGCACGACCUGAACGUCAAAGUUGACGGAAGGCCUGACGUCGCCGGCGAUGAGUGCCUGCGGCGACUGGACGCCAAGCAGCUGUCGGCUGCCAAGCGCGCGUUCGCCGUCUCCACGCUGGCGCCCGAGCGCACCGUGUUCCGGGUGAAGGAGAUGAUGUCCCUGGUGACUCUGCAGCUCGUCAAGGGCGUCUCGCUCAACAGUCGCCUCGAGGCGCCGGCACGCAUACUGCUCAGCCAGAUGCUGCGCGCCUACUCGUACAAGAACGUCUUCUCGGGACCCUACCUGAACAUGAACCGGCUCGAUCUCGCGUACCAGGCGUUUCCGGCAUCGCCCAACCUGUACCAGGAGCGCCUCUGGCUCACCCGCUUCCUGGUGCCCGAAGAAUUUCUGGACACCUGCGUCGGCAAGGAGUGGUCGCUCGCCGACGUCGACAACGAGAUGUGCGUGUCCCCCUGGGUCCUCCUGCCACCCAUGGUGUACCCGGAGGCCGACAAGUACGUCAACUACGCCUCUCUGGGCUUCCUCAUGGCCACCCGCGUACUGCACGCGUUCCUCUCGCCCAAGGCGCACGCCGACGAAGAAGAGCGCGCCCUGGCCACGCUCCUCGCCACCGCCGGUGCCUGUCAGCGGAGCACGAGAGACGUCCGGGACACCGAGGACGUGCCCGACGCCAUCGAGUUCACUCUGGGCCUCCGGUCGGCCCUCGAGGCGUACCGGUCGUGGGCAGCGUCGGCGUCCCCGAUGCCCGAGAAGCCGGCGCUGCUGAGGACGUUCUUCCGCAGGGCCUGCCUGACCUUGUGCGCCGAGUCGCCUACCCACCCGCCCCACCCCGGAUCGAGGUUCAGCUCGAGGCACGCGUGCAACAUGGCCGUCAGGAGCAUGCCCGAGUUCUUCACCGCGUUCCAGUGCAGGAUCGCUACGAAGAUGACGAUGAAUGGCAUCUGCACUUUGUUUUAGCUCCCCAUAUGUUUCGCUUGCUUGUCGCGACCUGGAAAGAGGACACAGGAAAUUUCGUGCACAGAUUUUAAAGCGCUUCCAACGUUCAUAUUGUCAAACGAGGUACCUACUAUUUUCGCGCAGGCUGCCAUGCCAUUGCUUGCCGUCACGUUUAAACGUAUCGGUAACCGUAUUCAAAGUGAUGGAGAACGUCACUGGUUGAAGUUACAUGCGCCCAGAAUAUUUGUUCAUUAUGACCUCUAAACUAGAUAUGAAAGCAUUCAGUCCCUAUAAUUUGUGACCCGCCUAUCUUUGUGAACGGACACGGUUCGAUAAAGUCUACCUUCGUGAAGUUUGACAGACGUUUCCAUUUAGGACAAUUCAUGAAAAUCUGUCUUUGGUGACAGCUUCACCGUGAUUUCAAUUUACCGUCGGCUUCGUCGAACGUUCUCGAAGACAGCAACAAACUCAUGUUUGACGUCGUUUACGGUGUGCCUUGUCAAGGACAAUCGCGACAAGAAAGUGUUUGUCAAUGUUUGUUUUACCUCGUACAUAUGAGCGUGUUUAUUUUACAGAGACUAUGAUGGCGUUCAGCUGGAGUUCAUCUGGCUCUUUAUAAAUGUUCGGUCAAAUAUUUUUGUCCCUUUGGAAGAAACAAUGUCAGCGCUACUAUAGCUGCAGCCAC